ACAAACUCGGCUGCUGCUAGCUUAACUUGCUUCUUGUUGGAGUCUGCUCGUCUUCAAGGAAAACAGCUCGAAAGACUAGUUGAUAAUCUGCUUUUGUGUUAAUAAUGAAAUGCAGGCAGCUACGACGGAUCCAGCGGAAGAGCCCCCGUCGAUGUUGUGGGGACUGGACCCGAUCUUUUGUGCCUUCGCCAAGUUGUAUGUCAGAGAUAUACUGCAGAUGACAGAGUCCACACAGGUGCCAGGUAUUUACUUCUACAACUCUCACCCAAUCUACAAAGUUGAUGUACUGGGUACAGUAGUUUGCAAGAGAGAACGAGAAGACUUCUUCUGUUAUGGAGUGGACGAUGGUACUGGUGUUAUAAACUGUUUAUGCUGGAAAAAUGACCUAUUGAAGGAGGCGGGGGAUCCUACUAAAUCCAGGGGGAAACCCAGUGAUGGGGUUCUGGGAGGCCUCAGCCCAGUCGCUGAGCUGGAGAAGCUGAGACAGGCUCAGCUGAGCCGUUGCCACCUGGAGAUUGGAGAGCUGCUCCGAGUCAGGGGACCGGUGAAGACUUCGAGGCAACAGAGAGAAAUCACGGCUUCGGUCUAUUAUAAAGUGAACGACCCAGUGAUGGCCGUCCAGAUAGCGUGGAUGAUGGAGGUUCCUCAGCUUUACAGACAGUGCUAUGACAAACCAUUCAAGCUGCAACCAAAUGCAACCGGUAGCGUAGCCAUCAAUCCCCUCAGCAAGGCUACAAAUAUCAUCAAGGAUUUUGUCAAGCAGAAGUCUGUGAGCAGGUUCAGACCCUAUGAUGUUCAGGAUCUCCUGCAGCCUCUGAUCUCCAGCCAGCCUCAAACAGCCUCAGCAGACCAGCAGUCUGUGGCGGGUCCGUCUUCAUGUCAGCAGCUACGCCAUCUUCUGAAGGAGGCCCUUCAGGUUUUACAGGAUGAGGGUAUCGUGUACCGCAAAGUCAAAUCCCAGGAUGAAGUCUACCAUGUGACUGCAGAAGACAAAGAUCUACUCAUGGCAGUCAAAGACAUUAUAAGGGAAGACUCGAGGAGGGAGAAAUAUUCAGAGAAGGGCUGUCACAUCCUGCACAUUCUGUCUGCCGUCAGGCAGCGCCACAGCCUCAAUGUGAGCAAAGCAGCACUGGAGCUGGUGCUCAAAUCACUGGAGUGCAACAGUGACAUCGUCAGCACCAGUGACAACCAUUACACUGUGUUUUGACCUGAGGACAGUUGGGCUUGGGACCUGUAGUACUGCAUAAUGAUGUGUGUAGUAUGACUUAGUGCUCCAAAAUGUGAGCGUGAAAUAUGUUUUAGUCAAUCAUGGCAUUGUAGUCUUCUUUUCAUCAAGUUUAGCACUUUACAACACGACUUUAAGUACAAAUAUGUUUUUUUAAAGUUUACUGUAGAUUGUUAGCAUGGGUAAAUAUAAAAACUUAUUUGGAAGAAAAAAAUAGUACAAAUUGAAUAUCAUGAAAGCUUUUAGCAUCUUAUAUGUGGUCAUUAUUUACAAGGAUUAAGUAACAGACUGCAAAGAUUGGGUGUGUGUGUGGCUCGAUUCACUUGCAAGGGGGUCCUCAGGAAAAAGUAAACCUUCAGGUUUAGUCUGGUCCGUCUCUCCAAAUGUUCUUUUACUAUCUGCUUUCCUUUUGUUUGUUUUCUUUGAGAAGAUUGGGACACAUCACUUUGCCUGUCAGUACUGAGGCAAUGGUCAAAAAGAGAAAAUAGAAGUUCUUUAUAUAGCUAGUGGAGUGGCCCCCUGCUGGGCAUUAUAAAGAAUGGAGGUGUGAGGCAGAAACGCAAUUGCCUUGCCUUUCAAAACCAAGAGGCUACAUCCGGUUCUUAAGACAGUCAAUCCUACAUUUCCCAAAAUGCAAAAAAAAUCUGUAUGAUAAGUGCACAAUUCUUUAAAUUCCAUUAACCAUUCUGUUCGGCUUGUAGUUAAGGAUUUGUUGCCCCAGUGGAUAUUUACCAAAAGGAGCUAGGCUUUAAAAAUCUCCUUUCAUAGCCACAGAACAAAAAACAUCCUCUACAUGCAGAGCAUCGCUAAUCAUGGUAUGGUAUUUAUUUCUAGAGGGACGAUUUAGUUGAUGGCCUUUGAGUGCAAACAAAACAGAUGAACAUAGUCAACAGCAGCAAUUACACAAGUCAGUGACAACAGAUCUGCUGUGUGGAGCAGGUCAUAAAGAAUGAGGAAGAAACCUUCACUCUAUCGGAAAAGAAAGAAAGUCUUCUUUCGUAAUAUAUUUUCUUACGAUUGUAUGGCCUGCCUGUAUUAUUUUUCUGCCUUGUAAAGCACUUAGUAAUGUGGAUUUUGAAAAGUGGUCUAAAAUUAAAAUGACAAAUUUAUUACUAUGA